AUGGGCAGCUGCAAAGCUCCUCAUCUCCUCGACUUCUUCCCUGUUGCAUCCUCCUCCGUCCCCGCAAUUCCCCGGGCGGUCGUCCCCUCCGCACCAUUAUUCCUCAACAGUGCUCGCUGUCCUCUCCUGUCAUGGCAGCGCCUGCGGUGGCAGCAGGGUCGUGUUCGGCGGCGGCAGCAGCAGCAGCUUUUCCAGAUGCCCCUGCCAUUACCGCCACCUAGGGCCACCUACGCUCCGGACGAGCUGCCCGUGGACGAGGAGUUCCUGACCAAGUUUGCUCCGAAGGAGAAUGAGUCCGAGGAGGAGGCCCGGCGCCGGAACUGGGUCGAGAGAGGGUGGGCCCCAUGGGAGGAGAUCCUCACCCCCGAGGGCGACUUCGCCAGGAAGAGUCUCAACGAAGGGGAGGAGGUGCCCCUCCAGUCUCCCGAGGCCAUUGAGGCCUUCAAAAUGCUCAGCCCCGCGUACCGCCGGAGCAAGGGCCUUGACGGCGAUGCUUACACUCAGUGGCAGAUAGACAGCCAGAUGGCGAAGAAUCCCCCCGACCCACAGGAGCCAACGUUGUGGGACGGGCCGCUGGCGCUGAGGAUGGUACCACCAAGGGAUUGGCCUCCAAGAGGGUGGACGGUGGAUAAGGACGAGCUGGCUUUCAUUCGGGAGGCACACAAGCUUGAGUGUGACAGGGUGGAUUUGGAGAGUGAAGUGAGGACCGAUGUUGAUUCAGCCUCUCUCGAGAGAUACAAAGUGUUCAUGAAGCAGUACACGGAGUGGGCGGUUGCCAACCGUGACAGAUUAGAAGACGAAGCAUACGAGGUCUGGUCUCGCCCAUCUCUUUAAUAGCAAUUAUGCAAGGAGUACCUCUGGGAAGUCUCACUCUUCCUGUAUUCUUCUGCAAUGAUGUCAACGUAAAAGUGACUAAAUAAGCCGGAUAUCUCGGGGACCAUCCAAGGAAAGAAAUAAAGCCUCGUUUGGUUUGCUUUCAUGUCUUUUAAAUAGCUCAACUGAGUGGACCAUUUUCAUUUCGUCUUCAAUGGGAAUUGAUGACUUGAAAGUGUGCUAAGUGAGGGAAUGGACUAAAUUGCGAAUGCUGGGUAUCAUAUACAAGGUAAUUGAGUAAAACGGUGGGAGGAGUUUGACUUCCUUGAUGGUAAUUAGCUUGGAUUUUAUGGAUAAUGACAGUUGUGCCGAUAUUUGAAGAUGAAAAAUGAAGAGAUAACAGAAACGAAGUUGUUGGGGAGUUGAUGGUCCUUGGUUACCAAAGCUUAUAUGCUGCCAGAUUCCUUGGGGCCUGAGUUUUCUACCAAAUUAAGAGUCAUGGAACCCAACUCAGAAUUGCUUUAGUCAACAUAACGUCUAUAGAUGGGACUUCAGUGCAAACAUGUAUUCAGUUCUCUGUGGGGAUAUUUGGAUAAGGUUGUUGGUGUAAUCAGAGGUGGAAAAUUCUUAGAACUACAGUAUGGGGUUAGAUUUUUUAUGUACCUCUAACAUGGUCUUGCUCUUGAAAGGUUCCACAAAGAGCACCUUUAUGAGCACCAUUAAUUUUCUGCUUAUGAUUCUGGUGACAGAAAAAUGUAUUUCAUUGUCAAAAGUCUUGUUGUAAAGUUUGAUUUAAGUUUCUAGAAGAUGAAUUUCCUAAUGAAAACCAUGGUUAUCUGCCAACCAGUGUUAGAGCUAAGUGCUUGCUUGUAUUUGUUCCAUAAUUAAUUACAUGGGUGACAUGUUAUAUUUCACAAAGGUUAGCUGACUUACAUUCGAUAAGUAUGUCUACAUGGUUCAACUUAUGAAGUCCUAAAACUGACCAAGCUUACGUUUGGGGAUUCAAUACUCUUGUUGUUUGGGGAUUUAAAUCUCAAUCCUCCUCAUGUUGCUCAGAUUCUUAUUUUUUUUGGGUUUCUGGUUAGAUCAUCCUCAUUAGGUUAUUUCCCUUUGCUACUAGGGAGUUUUGAGCUAGACUCUUAUGCUUUUAGGUGUAUAUACUGGUAGAGUGAAACUUUACUAAAAUUUGCGUGACAUGAAAUUAUUUGACUGAUUAAAAUCAGAUCUAAUCAUGAGAAUCUUUUACUAAUAUGCUGAUUUAUCUGAAAAAGAAGUGCGUAAUUCUCAUUCUUGAGAUAUGAGUUCCAUUUUCCCUUUUUUCUAUGAUAUCAUGAUUUUAAUUAUCGUAUGAUGUGCAAAAUGUUCUCGAGUUAGGUGUACUUAAAUCUUCAUUCGUGCUUGUCAGAGUCAAAACUGUCAGUAUAUAUAUAUAUAUAUAUAUAUAUACACACACACACAUGUUGAAAGACAUUUGAGUUGGUCUGGGAAAAAGGCAUGUAAUGGGUCAUUAAAGCAUUUAUUAAUGAAGAAGCUAUGAACGGCAAUAUACGAGAGGAUUGCAUUUAUUUGGUGCGAAUAUGUGACAUAUUGUAUUGAUCUAAAUACAUCCGAAAUCGAGAAUGGAUAUGUAUUGGCAACAUCACACGAGGAUAACCAUUGUACCUGGCUUUUGCUAAAAGUUUGGAAUAAUGGCUUCCAACGUUAACCAAUUAGGCACAGCAUAUGUAAUGGGCCCAAUGAUGUCCAUCCAUAUACCUUCUCUCUGUUUCCAUAUCUGAUGAGCAGUGCGAUAUGAUAUUUUGUUUCUUCAAUGAGUUCGAUUACUUGUUAAUUAAAAUGCUAUUUAAUUUAAAGAGGUAAAUACAUUUAGUAGUUUAUAUUUUGAGAAAAAAUAAUCUACUGUCAUGGACAAGCUCUUAUUAUUAUAAUCUUAAAGGUCACAUUUAAGCAUAAAAAACAGUUUUGAUUCCUGAGGUUUCAUCAAUCGAAUUCAUUUAAAGAGUAAAUCAUCAAAUUUGUUGUAGUUGAAUUUUUCCGCACAUAUUCUUAAAUCUAUUUUUUUGGGAAACUUUGGGAUCUAUUCAUUUUGAUUGAAUAUUUGGUCAUGCUUCCAAAUGCCCUGGAAAUCAUUUCUGCUCAUGUUUUAUAAUGAAUACCAUAAAAAUGAAAAAGAAUAAUAUCUAUCUGCUCAUUCAUUUUCCAAUAAUGUUGAUUUUAGUCGAAAUGCGAAUCUGGGUUUGAUUUAUCCUGAAAUCCGUUUUACUUCUGAAAAAUUGGGCCAGAAUACUUCCAUGUGGCACCUAUAUGGAUCAGUCGAUUACUUAAUUUGAAGUGAAUGGAGAGUUUUGAGAACUUUUUUGUGCUAUAUUGUUAUGUUUGGAUACCACACUCAAUUUACUUCAUGAUUGUUGUUUUAGUUUAAAAAAGUUUCCUGUAUGUAGGACAAACAUCAUGUACUAAUGUGGGCAAAACAUUUCUAGGGAAGAGGAAAAGUAAUACUACAAAUGGAUAUAAAUGCCUAGGCUAUGCACGUUUCUGCCUACAUAGGACAUUGGCAAAAAGUUUUAUUUUACCUCGGCACUUAUGAGGUAAAAAUUGACCUCACAUCCCCUAUUUUUCCUAAAUGGGUAAUACCUCAUUAUCAUUGGUUAGUAGAAAGAAAAUGUGGCAUUUUACUUUAUAAAAAACACAUGUUUCUCUUAAUCAAAGUCGUCCAGAAUGUUGUAGGAAGUUUGUGCUACUGCUUGCCAUUCUGUGUGUAGGACAACCUCCUUUUAUUGUCAGUAGAUUAAUCAAAUGAAGAUUCCUAAUAGGUAAUAUAGGUGGCAACCUUGAUAAACAAAGACUUUGAUAUGAUUUAUGGCAUGGAUAUGGUCCUAUAACUAAUUGGACACAAGACAGUGAAUGUGUGGUGUUAGUACAACUAGUGUAUCAUUGGGAGGAAUUCGUUCUGCAGAGGAACAUCAAACACAACAUAGCUCACAGCCUUGAUAUGAUGGAAAGAAACGAAUGCAGCAUGUAAAAUGUGAAUGCAGUGAGUCAUUAGAGGAAGAAAGGAAAUGAAAAAACUUAGUGAUAGAAUGGUUCACUAUGGCUUGUCCAUUUUUUUCGUAAUUUAGAUGAAUCAUCUUGAAAUAAGGGAUUAUACUGGUUUCCUAAUCAAUUAAGUGCAAGUCUCAGCUGGUGUUGUGACAUCCUGAAGUAUUGUUAGUCACUCUCCUUGAAGUGACAUCCUGACCUGCGUGUUAACCAAUUCUGAUAUAAAGCAAUAAACUCUACUUGCUUCUAUCACUACCAAUUUUUUUAUGACUUGUUAAUGCCAAAUUUUCUUCCUUUCUUUUUUAUACUCCUGUAUGGCAAGGUUUUAUGAUUUGGGGAGGAUGUGAAACCUAUUAUUACUGAGUUUGUCUUGUUUGUUGUAUUACCUGAGUAGUUGCAUAUAGAAGGUAAUUGUGCCACUUAUUACUUAGCCAUCCAUUUCAAUCUUCUUAAUGUUCAUGCAGUUGGACCAAGAUUACUUUUCUGGUAGGAGAAAAAGAGGAAAGGACUACAAAGAUGAUAUGGUGAAACGAUUUUGUUUGCUUGAUUAUUCUACUUGUUCAUCAUAUGUGAUCAGAUUUCCAUUACUAAUCACUCUUAGUUUCUAUUGCAGCUUGAGCUUCCAUUUUUUUAUCCUGGACAGGUAAGCAUUCAUGUUUAUCAGUUUACUGGAAGCUUGAGCGUCUUUGUCUGCAUUAGCUGGAGACUUCUCUUUGGUUCAUGUGCAUGACACAUGCGCAUAUUUAAAAAUAUGUUUUCCACGCGCAUUCAAUUUGGAAAGCAUUUAAAAGAAAAGGAAUAUGGUUAUAUCCAGUCGUAUCCUUGUGCCAAAGGAAACAUUUCUGUGGAAAGUUGAACGCCCAGGCAUCACAUCGAGUAUGUACUAAAAGCAUCAGCUAUCUGGUCAUGGAAAAACUAUUAUUAUCAAAAAAAUUCAGAGCAGUUAGUUAGACUGACCAUACUAAUUCCUAUGGUGAUGAUUCUUGUCAUUGAGUUUCAAUCAUUAUAUCCACUCAACUGGUGUCAAAUUAGUCAUUAUCUCAUUGAGGUUUUUUGUGGGAUCUUCCAAAUUGUCAUAGUUAAACUACUUGUCAAGUGUUGGGAAAAGUUUUUCUCAUUUCCCCAGGACGUGUUUUGGUAAUGUUCAAAUUGGCAUGUUAGAAUGUUUUCUGGUCGUUUUUUUGGCAAAAACACUUCCCUGGGUAUCCUGAUUUUGUUUCCAGAUUAGUUUUUUUAUUUUCCAAGAAUGUUCCCUGCAUAGUUCUGAAAAAAAUGCUAUGACUAGGUAUGAAGAACUUGUCUUGUCAAAUACACCAUCCAUGUUCUAGUUUCAGGUAUUGUUACAUUUACGUUUUAUUUGACCUUAUGAUAAAAUCGUUGCUUGAAUGCAGAUUUGUGUUGGAAAAGUGACUACUCUCCACCUUCAACAAGGUGCAUUUGUUGACGUUGGAUGUGUUCAUGACGGGUAAUACCUUGUUCUUGACCUAAUGGUUUGCUCAUCUAGUGAGAAACGAUUUUCCUUAAUGGAGUGGUGCCUUGCCCCGUGAAUCUUGCGCUGCCUAUUUUUUUCAGAGUUGUGCUUAGAAUUUGGAAAACCAACUGUUAAUUUUUUUCUCCAGGAAUGUGUGAGCAUAGUCAAUAACUGUAAAGAGCUUUCUGUUGAAUUCUGAUAUCUAGAUUUGAGACCAUAAAGUUACAUGCCGUUGUGAUGGCCAUGCUCAAAACAAGGCUACCACAGAAGAAUGAUUCAAUUGGUGUCAUUCCUUUCUUAUAAACUUUUCAAUAUGUUAUUUUAGGAAUUUUUUUUCUGAAAAAAAACUCAACGUAUUUUUCUUAUCAUAGGUAUGAGGAGUUUUGCUGACUUUGGCCAUUUGGACGUUCAUGGAGUGUAGCCUUCUAAAAGCAUACAACUGAGUGAUUAGUUUGCCUGAUUUCUACAUCUGGCGACUGCUAAUCUCUCCCAUCAAUCUAGUUCAAUAGCUUGUUCUAUAAUCCAAAUGUGAAAUUGGAAGUCAGAAUUUUUGUUCAGAUUUAAGGAUUUUGAUUCUUAAGGUUACUUAUUUCUCUGCUAGUUAUGGUUGAAGGUUCGUGGUUAUAAUGCAUCUCUUACCAUCAUUUAGGUGGGUCCCAAUAAAGGGUAAUGAUUGGUACUGGAUUCGUCAUCACAUAAAAGUUGGUAUGCAAGUAAUUGUUGAAAUUCUGGUAAGUUAUCCUUUGUUAUCUUUUUAAUGUAGAUAUCCGGUCAAAAUUUUCUUCUAUUUGCAUAUUUAUGUGUGUACAUCAGAAAACUCUUUCGUGGUAUCGGUAAUAAUUUAAGCGGAAAGUCACUCUUAUCUUCCUCUUUGUUUUUGCAGGCUAAACGGGAUCCUUAUCGGUUUCGAUUUCCACUUGAAAUGCGCUUUGUUGAUCCUAACAUAGAUCACCUAAUGUACGUGGCAUGUUUUGUGAUCCUUUUCUUCUAAAUACUUUUUGUCUCUACUGACUAUAGUCAGGAAUUCAAAAUAAUGCAAGGGAUGGUAUAAGGUUAAGGGCCAACCCUUGUCCCUAGUCAAAGAAUUUGCCAUUCCUCUACAUCUAAUUUAUCAAGCUACCAGCUACUUGUCUCUUGUCAUUUAUUUGAUUAUUACAUGAAAUACGUGUGGAAUUCCUUAGCAAUAUUGUCUGCCAUUUUAUUCACUUUUGUAAUUUCUUUGAAACAAUGUGUAAUCCGCAAUAACGUCCAUCAUUAUUUUCAUCUAGUCAUUUUAAUCCAUCUCUUUUAUUCAUAUCUCGCAUUAUUACCUCGCCAUUUGUUACAUGUUUAGUUUUCUGGAAAAAAGUACUUAAGUAAUCUUUUAUUAAUUUUUAGACAUCAUCUUUUUUUUAAUUCAGUACUUGUUAUAUAUGUCACUUAUUUUCUGCUUCCACUCUUUUUGGUAUGCAGAUUCAAUAGGUUUGAGUUUCCACCAAUCUUUCAUCGAGAAGAAGACAAAAAUCCAGAAGAAUUGUGGGUAAUGUGCUUUACUCAGUUUUUGAAUUGCAAAGAUCUGUGGUUGUUUUUUUCUGUUGCAUCGCAAAUCAUACCCUCGGCAUCAUGCAUAACAUGAAGCAAAAGAUUAAUCUCACUGAUCCAGUUUUAAUCUUGAGAAAUCCUUCUCCUUUGUGGCUGUGGCACAAUUCCGUGGUGUGUAACGUUAACUGCCCUCUUGAAUCUGCCUCUAUGGCUAAAAAAAUUCUGCAUUGAUUGGUAUAAGAAGGGCAUGUUCUUUUGCAUUUUCCCUCCCUUUUGUUGUCUUAUGUAAAUGGACAUGGACAGCAGCCAGGACAAAAUGUAGAAAUAUAUAAAACCGGAGAACAAGUGAACAAUUGGGGCUCGGAGGGAGGGGAGGGGCUUGCUGGGGACGAAAGGAGAAUGCAGAGUAUAUGGGGUGAGAAAAGGAAAACAAUCUUUUCCCCUCCCUGCAUUCUAUAGACCUAAGAAAGAAAAUCCAUCGUGGGCUGGGAGAUCUGAUCUUAGUGUGAUAAAGGUCAUCAGCAGUUAGGUUCUAAUUAGACUGCUAAUGAAAAAAUUGCACACAGUAUAAAGUAUACAUCUAGGAUCUCAGUUUGUGACCUAAAGUGUAUCCGUAGUUUCUUGUACCACUAUUGUGGGCGAAGAAUGAUGGUUUCUCUCUGUUUAGAAAGAGGAAGAUAAUGUGUUGUAGAGUGCAAUAAGUUAAUGUUUUGGGUUUUGGGAAGGAAUCUCCAUCUUUGUCAUGUGGCAGUGACAAGAAAGUGGGAGAAGAUAAUAAUUAAGGGAAUUAUGGCUGGGCCAAUAGUUGUGAUUGGGAAUGGUUGUGGCCAUGGUGAUGCUGAUGGUGGUGGUCGCUUGCAAAUAACUACACAACUGGUGCCAGUCAUAGAGGCCAUUGAAGGAAGAGAUGGAAAAAGGGAAGGCGGCACCUCUGGCAGUCCCAAUAUUGUUUUCCUGUAGAAGUCAGUUGCACAUAAUUGUCCAGCACAAUGAUCUCUCUCUCUUUAUCUCUCCCCUACCCAAUGCAUUCACAUGCAUUCUCACGCAAUGACCGACUCAUAUUGACCCUCCAUGUUGGAGAAGGCUGCAGUUAAAUGCGGAAUCUCAGAUCCCACAUGUUUCUAGCCCAUGUUCUAUUAGACUUGCACACAGCAGCCCAUGCCUUCCCAAACUCCAUUAGACAUUGACUUACAAUUAUGUCUCACAGGAUCUUUUGAUAUUAGUAACUAUCUACUAUGGCUCACAAGAAUAUUCAUAUCUGUUGCAAAAUCUUUGUAUUUUAGCAAAUAUCUAAUAUAGUUGGAAGAUCAUUUUAUCUCUCACUAAAUCUUUGGACUUUAUCACCUAUCUAAUAUGAUGCUCGAAAACAUUUAAUCGCUCAUAAAAUCUUAGGAUUAUAUUAUCUAUCAAACACGGAUUGCAAGAACAUUUCAUCUCUCAAUAAAUUUGUGGAUUUUAGCACCUAUCUAGUAUGAGUUGCAAGACCGUUCUCAAUAAAUCUUUUCCUUUAUAGCUGAAUAUAAUCUUUGGCUUUAAGCUAUGAUUUGUAAACCGUCCACAAAUCCUGUCGAGCUGAAAAAUAAACCCAAUCUCUCUGGAAAAGGCGUCUCCCCUAAAUAAAUUUUACUUAUUUUUCAUUCCUGAAUUUUUCAACACGGGUUUAUAUCGACUAGGUCAGUAUUAGGACUAAUACAAUAUCUUUCCCAAAUGAAGUCAGAAAAGGUGCUUCUAUAUUUUGACUGCUGUUUGUUGUUCACUGUUUUCUGUGGUUUCUUAUUUCAUGUCUCCAUCCAUAGAGGGAUGCUGGAAGGCCACCAAUUCCCAGGAAAAAUCCUGGAUACAAAAUCGAAGAGCAGGCUUUGUUGUCAAAUCAUCCCUAUGUUGACAAGGUAUUUAUCUACUCUUUCCAAAUGAUCUUAUGUGUGAACUAUCUUCUGAGGUUUGAGUCAGGGAUAUAAUGUCGUAAUUUAUGCUCAAAAAGGGAAUAUUUUCUUACAUAGUGAUGCUGGAAUUUUGUCAUAAAUUUGAGUUGUGCAAAACUAAUCAAUUUUAAAGCAAAAACCAUCUUGCUCUAAAUCGGGGAAUUGUCUAUGCUCUUAAUCCUUAAUGUGGAUAUCGCUCCGUCAUUAUCCUUAGGGUUCUAUCUGCAAUGUAUGUACAUACUUUUGCCAUAACUCUGCUCUUUUUUGGGAAGCAUAUCUCGCUUUCAUAGUCAUUCAAGACAAGUCUCAUUUCAUGCAGUAAUUUUACCCUUUUUCUUCUUCCCCUCUUUCCUAUUAAAGGGAAUCCAUUACUAGUUUAUGAUACGAUGGAAUUUGUCUUUGGAAUUUAAUAGAAAGUUUGUUCAACAUAAAUCAAAACUUUAAACAAAUUUUUGAUCAUCUAGCUUAUAUGUUGCGACAUAGUCUAAUGUGAGCAUGUUUUACCGAUUUCCUUCCUGCUUUAUUGAGUUUCAGUUGAACGUAAAAUUGCUAAUGUUUUGUCUGAUUUUGUUGAAUAAGCUUCGUGUGCUUCUUUUUCUGUAAUUUAGCGUUCUUCAUGUUAUUAAUAUUUGUCGAUUUAUUUAAGUAUGAUUAACUGAAUUGUUUGGUAUGCAUUUCAAAUUAUUGUGUGCAGUUGUGGCAACUUCAUGUGUCAGAACAAAUGAUUCUGGAUGAUGAGGAGAAAAAUCCAGAUAAAUACAAGGACAAAGAAUUUCUUGAAUCAUUUUUCAAUGCUCCUUAUGACGAAGAGCAUAGCAUUGAACACACCGAAGUCUAUUACAAAAAAUCAUGGCUCCCAAAGACGAUAUUGGUGAAAUUACAGCUAUUGAGUCCUUAUAUUCUGACGUUUUGAGGAUCUCAUUGGCCCCGUAUAUAAUUUUUUUAUUUUUUAUAUGACAGAAAACUAAUGUCAGGGAACUUGACCUAGACGCUGCUCGAGCUGAACGACAGGUUAGUUGUUCAUUAUGCCGCCCUGAUUAUAGGAAAGAUUCCUAUACAGGAUUUCUGGUUUCUUCAAACGGAAAAAAGGUUUUCUUUCCGUGAGACGCAAAUGGUUGAAUGGUAUAUAUAUACUUUUUCCUCAUUAAAUUGAUAGAUCUGUCUUGUUUCUAGAUUUUCGGAAAGAUUUUUGCAUUCUUUGAUAGAUUUUUACUAAUUCUUCAAUUGCGAAACUGUUUCUUUGAAUCGAAUUUUAACAUGAAAGCUCUCAGAAUCAUGUGGGUUGAUGCUCAUUAAACAAAAAUGGAAGGUAGAGGGAAGUUGAUAUUGGAUUCGAGUGAUGCCAGACGAUCAAUAGUGUUUGCCUUGUCAGAGUAUGGAUUAAAAAGCCUAUUCAACUGAUCGCUGGUGAUCCUUGAGCUGAAUUGUGGGCCUGUGAUAAUGUGGCUUUCAUUUCUGGUUUGCCAUUAUGCGCUGUUCAGUAUUUCAUAUUCUAUCAGGGCGUAGAGCGGAAACUUAAGAACCUUUUUUUAUCUGUUUUGAUAAAAUCAAAGAUGGAACAUAAAUCUUUGAAGUUUGUUUUCUUGGUUAGACCAGUCAAAAGAGGUACUCUGAAAUUUUGCUCAUUUUCAUACUUGGGUGAGAGAGAUCAUUUUCGUGUAUUUGAAAACUUUGUAAAAUAUAUCCCGAGGUCUGAGAACAAUGAUGCAGGUCUUCAACAGUGGGAUAAAUUACCUAUACUUUUGUGAACUUUUAUUUUUGUGUUAGACACGGUUCUAGGGAAAUUUUCAUGUUUAAGUUUAUCAGAGAGUGUCUAAUAAUUGAUGUUCCAAAGACUUGGAUCAUCUGCUUCAAAUGCCAAUGGUAUUUUAAUUCAUCUUAUAUUCUUUGAUGUCUUGAUGACGAGCAGAAAUAAAAACCUCAUUUUGGUAAUAUAUGUAGUGAAUAUUAGCUAGAUUAACCUCUUCUUAUUUGAUUUUUCUUUUUUGCAUGCCCUCAUUACAGGCUUUGGUAUGCCUGAUCUUCGAACUAGUGGUUUUUUCCCCCCCAAGAUUCUGUAGUUUCUACUUGGUAUUGUUUCUGUAAAAAGAUAUGAUAAUUCUGAUGUUGCCCAAUGUUUUUGUUGCUCUGAUCUAGCUCAACAAUAGACUCAAGAAUGAAGCCAGAGAGAGAGGAGAGGAAUACAAGUCGCCAAAGACGAGGCGGAUGAUUGAAAUGGACGAGUAUGAUUUUCUCCACUGGCGUCGCUCAUUGGAAGAAAGAGAGGCUUUGAUCAGAGAUAUUAGUGUGUAUGUUCUCGCAUUGAAUUUCACAGUUCAAAUUGAGAAUCGUGAUCCGCUUAUAAUUUUUCCGGUGAACAUGCUUAGUUAUACCAUGCUGCAUAAUAUGUGCCUGAUGUAUGUUUCGUGGUCUAUUCUCCACAUUUUGUCCAGGUUUCAGAUGGGUUUUGCAUGCCUUUACGGUAGCAUAGUCUAAUUUUUGACUGUCCUUGGCGCUGAUGCUCGCUUUCAUAUGAUAUCUAUCUGCAGCAACUUGUAAGAUGUGAUAUUAGACGGGACGUUUUAAUUACUAGAAUCUAAGGUUUAAUGAGACUGAACACGAGAAUUUAAAUUAGUUUUCUUAGCAGUUUAUCUCUUAAUUUAUUUAUGGAAACUAGCGUUACUGAUGAAUGAACUAAAACUGCUAACAAAUUCACCUCACGACUUGUUUUUUGAUGUUUAUUGUAUCCAUCUGUUCUUUAGAUUAUUCAUUCAUCCGUUUAAUUUCAUCUCUUGCCCUAUUCGUAUUCUCAUGCUUCCAUGCUCAUAGCUUAGAAAAGAAAUUUCCUAGCCGCAGAAACUCCUGUGAACCAGAGGCAGGAUCUGAAAGAUUGACACAUUACUUGUGGAAGUGUGGUUUAUCGGCUUGCUAAGUCUGACCUGUCAUGGGUUCAAAGGAAAACGACAUGCUGCCUGCCGAUGACCUGUAUAGCAAGCGCUGGACUUUACAUGCUGAUUACUGAUAACCAGGAUAGCCAACAGUGGGUUCUAUGCCGGCUUCUCAGUGAAUUGCAGAAAUGGGUUCCACGUAUGCUCGUAGGCCCUGAACUAUCUGAAUCACUUGAGCAUGUAAUUGAUGGAGAGCUGCGGUAGUGAUCUUCUUUCUCCCUUCCUCUCCAAAAAGGGAUUCCAGGGGGGGCUAGAAGAUACUGCAACACUGCUAACAGGCCUGGUUAGCACCUUAAAAUUGAUGCAUGAAAAUAGUUGGCUACUGGCCGGUGACCACAGGUCUUCUGUCAAGAUGAACUCCCAUCUUUUACCUGAUUCUCAGCAUUUCCUGGAUUGCUGAAGCUCAUGGUCGAUUCAGACUUUCCAUCCCUUUAAACAGCGCCAAAAACCCGACAGUAUCAGCCCAGAAAAAAAUAAAGUCAUCAAUCAUCCUCGAUUCAGUUCAUCGGAUACCUUUUCUUUGUGUGCCUGUUUUCGCAAAGCGUGAGCAAGCUUGUUUCUGGGUGACCAACAUUACUGUUAUUGUGAUGACCACCGAACCACCUGUUAUCGCUGCUCAGAAUCCGUCUUAAUGUUGGUGCUGGCCGCGUCGGAUCGAUUCAAACUUUCCAUCCCUCAAAACACCAUCAAGAACCUGACUGCAUCGGUACAUUUAUUUUUUACUUUUUAUGAACUCGUCAAUCAUCCCCGGUGCAGUUCAUCGAAUGCCUCGUCUUGUGUGCCUGUUUUAGCAAAGGUUGAACAAGCUUUUUUUUUUCUGGGUGACCAACUUUCCCGUCUCUGUUCAUCAUUACUGUUUUUAUUAUAGUCCUUAUUACUGUUGGUGCUGGCCGCUUCUCCUCAUCUUUCUUUCCCCUUGUGGGUUGCUCUUGGUUCCGUCAUGGCAGCCGCAGAGCCCUCGACAUGCCGCUGGAAGAGCCGGGGAGAUAUCUGGAUGACAGCGUCCUGGGGAAGGACCGGUACGAUCCAACGAGCCCUCUGUACCGGUACGACUACUGGGGGGAGCCCAAGAACUCGGAGAAGAGCAAGCAGGUGAGGAUGACCGAGGACCACAACCGGUCUAUCGUAGGCAAAGGCAAUGUCUGGUACGAUAUGCCCUACGAGGAAGCUAUAAAGCAGCAGACGCGCGGGGAAGGCAGCAGCCGGAGGGACGCCCUCAGGGAGAACACCGAACAGGGCGCAGAAGAAGAGGAAGAAGAAGAUGACGACGACGAUGGCUUGGAUUUUGACUACGAGAUUCUCGGCGACUCCAGCUCGGUCUCCGCGGCGGGCAAGCCCUUUGUCAACGGCACGGAGUCGCCCGGCGUGUCGGACGAGGGGAUGUUCGAGGAUUAG